AUGGCGUUCUUCGUCGGGCCGUUCCCGCCGACCAUGCCGUGGGAGUGGCCGGCCGGUCCGUACCUCGGGCUCUACACCGACCCGAACCGCCGGGGCUCGCCGCUGACAGUCGCCGUCGAGUUCGACACGUUCUGGAACGAGGAGUGGACCCACCGGGCGAACGUCACAUACGACGCAGGCUCCGGGCUGAUGGCGGUCAGCCUCCGGCUAGCGGACGGGAGUACUUACAGCGUCCAAACGUCGGUGGACCUCAGAGCCGCCGGACUGCCGCCGGAUGCGGCCGUGGGGUUCUCGGCGUCCACCGGGAUUUUCUUCGAGUCGCACCAUCUCCUCUCUUGGGCCUUCAACUCAACAGACAUGGCAACAUGUAACCCCAACUCGAUAGACACGGCAGGGGCAUCAGGUAUUCAGGUACCGUACGUCUAA